AUGGGAAGACAACCUUGUUGUGAUAAGGUUGGACUCAAGCGAGGUCCAUGGACAAUUGAGGAAGAUCACAAGCUAAUCAACUUCAUUCUCAAUAAUGGUAUCCAUUGUUGGCGAGUGGUUCCUAAGCUUGCAGGUUUGCUAAGAUGUGGGAAAAGCUGCAGAUUAAGAUGGAUUAAUUAUCUGAGACCUGAUCUUAAGAGAGGAGGUUUUACAGAAGUUGAAGAGAAUCAAAUUAUUCAAUUACAUUCACGUCUAGGUAACAGGUGGUCUAAGAUUGCUGCACAUUUUCCUGGUCGCACAGACAAUGAGAUCAAGAACCACUGGAACACCCGAAUCAAGAAGAGACUGAAGCUCCUUGGUCUGGACCCUGUGACUCACAAGCCCAUUGAGCAAAAACAAAAUAAUAAUGUUGUUGUUGAUAAUAUAGAGCAAAAACCAGCUGACACCACAGAUACUGCCGAGUCUCACACGUCUAAAUUAUCAGGAUUAAUGUCAUCUGGACAUGAAGAUGAUCAAAACAGCUCUACCAAACCACAAGACCACGAUCGCGAUCGAUGCGCCGAAAAUAGAUCAGAAUCACCUGCAGAUCAUGAUCAAACAAAGGUAAUGAGUUCCGGCGAACCGAAUAAUGAUGCUAUUCUUUUGGAUAACCAUGAAUUGAUCACGUGCCAAAAGUUGGAUAAUCUAGACUACACAUGGAUGAACCAAGAAAUGUUUAUCAGCAACACAAUAACUUCGUACAGUUCUAGCACUUCCUCGUUCUCUCGGCUUGAUCAAGAAUCCAACAAUAAUAAUGUUAAUACUAAUUCGAUAAUCGAUCAAUCUGCUUCAGUAGUACAAUCAGAUCCGUACUCUCUACAAAAGUGGAGUGAAAAUAAUUCCAUUUUCUCAUGGGCUGCAGGCUUCAAUUAUCAUCCCGAGCAAGACCUCUUCUUCUUCGAAAAUAGCCAUUUAUAA